AACGCAUAAGAAUUAAAUUAACAAUUACAAAAAAGGAGUAGCCAAACGUCAUAAAAGCGACGAAUCCAGCGCAGCCCGACGACAACGAUCCCGGGCAAGGACAGCGACAGCAACAGCAACAGUGGACAACGGACAGCGGAUACGCACAGGAUGAUGAGUGGCAAGGCGCCCGGAGUGGUGGUCCUCAACUGCCGGACGUGCACGCGUGCCUGCAAGCAGCACAAGCCGCUGCAGGAGGAGAUCGAGCUGGGCCCGGAGGGCAGCACCACGCUGGCCAGCAUGCUCCACUACUGCUCGGGGCUGUCCUUCGAGCCGCAGGACGGCGCCGCCAUGCCGCAGCACAUCUGCCUCAACUGCCUGCAGCUGCUGGAGCAGGCGUUCAACUUCAAGCGCAUGGUCAUCGACUCGGACGAGCUGCUCCGCCUGGGCCUGGACGAGGUGCAUGGCACCAGCCACCACCAGAGCCAGAACCAGAACCAUAGUCACAGCCAGAGCCACAACCAGAGCCAAAGCCAAAGCCAGCAGCACGACGAGCACAACCUGCAGGCGGGCGACCCCAGCGAGGAGUACGUCAUGAUCGAGAUGCUCAACGAGGAACAGGAGAACGGCACUUUGGAAGAACAAGCAGCAGAGGCGGAACGCCACAUGCACUCGAGCCCCGAGGAGGACGAGGAGUUCGUCAUCGAGGAAGUGGCCGAUCAGGAUGACGAGCUGACGGAAGAGGAGCACCAGCAGGCAGAGUCGGGCGACCAGCAGGAGCACAUCACCAUGGAAAGCGUGCAUGAGUUUCAGCCAGCCGAGGUCGAGUAUGUGACCAUCAAGAAUGAGUACGAAACGAUCGUCACGGAGGAAGAUGAGAUCGAGGUGAUGGACGACUCUGGCGCCCACGACGAGAUACUGGACGGCCAGAUGAUUGUGAUACCCGCGGAAGGAGCCAUAGACGAGGUCAUCGGCGAGGAGACCCUCGAAAUGGAGGAGGAUGAGGAGCGCGAGGAGCAUCUGCUGGCCGAGGCGGAGGAUGUCUGCGAAGAGGAGGACUUCCUGGAGGAGUCGCUGGACUCAACGCCGCCGACCGCUGGCGAAGCACUGCCGCACGUGUGCACCGUGUGCCAGAAGGCGUUCCGCCAGCUGUGCCGACUCAACCAGCACAUGCGCUCCCACGUGGACGAGAAGCACUACGAGUGCGAGGAGUGUGGCAAGCGGCUGAAGCAUCUUCGCAACUACAAGGCGCACAUGCUCACCCACACCAAUGUCAAGCCGCACCAGUGUAAUAUCUGCGGACGCUUCUACCGGACCACCUCAAGUCUGGCGGCGCACCGGAGAACGCAUGCGGAGGAGAAGCCCUACAACUGCGAUCAGUGCGGCCGUGGAUAUGCGGCGUACGAUCAUCUCAGGCGCCACAAGCUCACGCACACGGGAGAGCGGCCCUACGCCUGCGAUCUGUGCGACAAGGCGUACUACGAUUCGUCCUCGUUGCGCCAGCACAAGAUCAGCCACACCGGCGAGAAGGCCUUCACCUGCGAGAUCUGCGGCGUGGGUCUGUCGCAGAAGUCCGGCUACAAGAAGCACCUGCUGGUCCACACCGGCGCCAAGCCGCACAAAUGUCCCAUCUGCGGGCGUGCCUUCACGUUCACCAGCAACCUCAAUGCCCACGUACGCCUGCAUUCCGGCGAAAAGCCGUUCAAGUGCGAGGUCUGCAUGAAGGCCUUUCCCACCAAGAAGCGACUGAAUAGCCAUUUGCGCGUCCACAACAAGGAGACGCCGGUGAUGGCCACCUCCGGUGGUGGUCAGUCAAUCGACCACCGCCGACGGGCGGCGGCAGGAGCUGCGGACGGCGGAUCAGCGUCCACUCUCCACCUGACCGAAGUACCUGAGCAGCCGGUGUCCACCUCCAAAGUGGUGGUGGUGCUUUAGGCGGGCACCAAGCUGAGGGCGCUGUAGGUAGCUCUAGGACGUAAGUCUAGCCUAAGCAUUGUACAUUUAAGAUUCGCUAAAACUGU